GGGCCGCGUCCACAAGCUCGACUCUCUCGGAUGAAUGAAGUCGGGUAAAGUCCUCCACGUUGCCGCCAUGUGGAGGUCCGCCGGCCCAGCGGGACUUGGCGUGGCGCUCGCCUCCCUGCUGGUCUGCGGGUUACUCGCCGACGGACACGCGGCGGAGCCUCCGGCGACGCGCGGGCUUUUCACGGACUACUUCAGACAGCUGACCCGGGAGAGGAGCGCCGUGAGCGGGCUGGCGCGGAGCAGCGUCCCGCCCCGGGCUGUGGAGCUUCUCUCCCCGGGGGACCUGUUCGUUGCGGUGAAAAGCAGCAGCAAAUACCACCGCAGCAGACUGGAUCUCCUUUUGGACACUUGGAUCUCCAGAAAUAUGCAAAACACGUACGUCUUCACCGACGGGGAGGACGCGCAGCUGAGGACGAGGAUGGGGGGUCACGUGAUCAACACCAACUGCUCCGCCGCGCACAGCCGCCAAGCGCUCUCCUGCAAAAUGGCGGCGGAGUACGACGCCUUCCUCCAGUCCAACCGGAAGUGGUUCUGCCACCUGGAUGACGACAACUACCUGAACGUGGGCGCCCUCUUGAGGCUGCUGUCCCAGCACAGCAGCACCGGGGACGUUUACAUCGGGCGGCCCAGCCUGGAGCGCCCCCUGGAGGCCUCCGAGGAGUCCGGCGGCGCCACGGAAACGGUAAACGACCACACCGGAUGGUUUGUAGACCACCACUACGUAUCCCCUGAGGGUGUUGUUGUCGUUGUCCAGACCAAGGUUUCCUUCUGGUUCGCCACCGGAGGCGCGGGUUUCUGCCUCAGCCGCAGCCUCGCCCUCAGGAUGCGACCCUGGGCCAGUGACGGCGCCUUCGUGGCGACGGCCGAGCGCAUCCGCCUGCCGGACGACUGUGCGGUGGGCUUCAUCGUGGGGGCGCUGCUGGGCGUCGGCCUCACCCGCUCGCCCUUGUUCCACUCCCACCUGGAGAGCCUGGCGCUGCUGUCACACCUGCACCAACAGGUGACUCUGAGCUACAGCGGCAAGAACACCGUGGACCUCAGAGGACCCUUUUCACGGCAACAGGAUCCAACCAGGUUCCUGAGCCUGCAUUGUGCCUUGUACCCCGACACCCCCUGGUGCCGCCGCUGAUUAUCGCACCUCGACCACGUCUCGUCCCCAGGACCCUAGGGCGGGGACUCGGAGCAGUCAUGAAGGAAACCUUUUCAGGACUUUUUUUUCCCCCCAAACGCAUAAAAAGCUUUUGUUUUGGUUUAGUUUUCUGUGCAACGACCACAACUGGGAGCUUGGAAAAACACACCAUCUAUCCAUCCAUUUUCUACCGCUUGUCCCUUUUCAUUUUUGGCCGUUGUUCAACAAUCCCUGGGAGAAUGAUGUCGCCAACUAGAGGCCUGGCAUGCACAUUACAGCCUUUUUUAUAGUCAUUUCGACAACUUUUUAAGGUGUUAAAAUUAAGGCUGAAGAUAAAAGUGUUUUGUAUCGGUCGAUAUCGAUAAUUAUUAUUAUUUUAUUUAUUUUUUUACAAACUAUCAAAAUUAGAGAUGUCCAAUAAUAUCGGACUGCUGAUAUUAUGCUUUAAAAUGUCCAUCCAUCCAUUUUCUACCGCUUAUUCCCUUUGGGGGCGCUGCUGCUUAGCUCAGCUACAAUCGGGCGGAAGGCGGCGUAUACCCUGGACAAGUCGCCACCUCAUUGCAGGCUUUAAAAAUGUAAAAUCGGAAAUCAUCGGUAUCCAUCCAUCCAUUUUCUACCGCUUAUUCCCUUUUAAGGGUCGCGGGGGGCGCUAGCGCCUAUCUCAGCUACAAUCGGGCGGAAGGCGGGGUACACCCUGGACAAGUGGCCACCUCAUCGCAAGGAAAUCAUCGGUAUUGGUUUCAAAAAGUAAAAUUUAUGACUUUUUAAAACGCAGCUGUGUACACGGACGUAGGGAGAAGUACAGAGCACCAAUAAACCUUAAAGGCACCGCCUUUGCGUGACGGCCCAAUCACAUAAUAUCUACGGCUUUUAACACACACACACGAGUGAAUGCAAGGCAUACUUGGUCAACAGCCAUACAGGUCACACCGAGGGUGGCCAUAUAAACAACUUUAACACUGUUACAAAUAUGCGCCACUCUGUGAACCCACACCAAACAAGAAUGACAAACACAUUUCGGGAGAACAUCCGCACCGUAACACAACAGAACAAAUACCCAGACUCCCUUGCAGCACUAACUCUUCCGGGACGCUACAAUGUACACCCCCCUUCAACCCUAGUUACGUCAGAUAUUGGGUUUCAUUAUGUAAAAGCGCUAUAUAAAUAUAAUUCUCUUCACAAGUUCUGAAAAUGAAGGUGCAAAAAAAUAAGGAAUCGAUAAGAAAUGCUUAAUAAAGCGUAAGAAAAUAGUGCAACGUGUGAAAAUGAAACCUUAGAAAUACUAUUUUCUGCAGGUUUUUAGUGCCAGGAAGUUCCAGCUGUGCUCUAAAGGGUGAGCAAAUUUUGGGGAAUUGUUUAACAAUCCCUGGGAGAAUGAUGUCGCCAACUAGAGGCCUGGCAUGCACAUUACAGCCUUUUUUUUUUUUUUAUUAAUUUUGACAACUUUUUAAGGUGCUAAAAAUAGGGCUGAAGAAGGUAUCGCGAUAAAAGUGUUUUGCAUCAGUCGAUAUCGAGAAUUAUUGAUGUUUUUUUCACGAACUAUCAAAAUGAAGGACUAGUAAAAUCAAAAUGUAAACAUUUUUAUUUCACGCGUAACUUAGUCGGAUUAUUGGCCCGGAAAACAAACAAUGUAAACAAAAUUGUAAACAUUUAACUAUAACUUGGGGGCGGCAUAGCUCGGUUGGUUGAGUGGCCGUGCCAGCAACUUGAGGGUUCCGGGUUCGAUCCCCGCUUCCGCCGUUGUGUCCUCGGGCAGGACACUUUACCCACCUGCUCCCAGUGUCACCCACAUUGGUUUAAAUGUAACUCAGAUAUUGGGUUUCACUAUGUAAAAGUGCUUUGAGUCACUAGAGAAAAAGCGCUAUAUAAAUAUUUCACUUCACAAGUUCUAAAAAUGAAGGUGCAAAAAAAUAAGGAAUCGAUAAGAAAUGCUUCAUCACGUGUAAGAAAAUAGUGCAACGUUUGAAAAUGUUAACAUAGAGAAACCGUAGGUUUCGUGCCAGGAAGUUACAGCUGUGCUCUAAAGGGUGAGCGCGGCUAAGGUCAUUUACAGACCACAUUGGUCUGACUACGGUCCGUUUUUUAAAAUAUCCCAAAAAGUGCCAUACAGUCCAGGUGACUUUUUUCCCGUUUCAUCCAAAAUGUCUUCAUUUUUACUUUCUAUCCUGACUCUAUGCAACCAAACUUGAUAGUUGAUACUGUUACCUGAUUGGCUGUCAGCGUGUCACUCCCACCGAUCAGCGAUCACUUCCUGCGCUAGUUCACGCAACCAACCUUGCUUCACAACUUCCGCGUUCUUCCGAAAUACUAUCGAAAGUUUUAUCAACGCCGUUUUUUUUUCAAAUGGAUUACGUGUUUCUACAGAAAGUUGUAUUGGCAUCGUUUUAUUGGACAGCACUAAUGAAAAAGUUAAAGUUAACAACGGAUGAUUAGAUGAAGACGUACCGCCAGCUGUGUCUCGCCAACAGCCCUUCCCCCGUGCUCUGUUUUCAGCACCAUGGACAGAGGCGGUGACCUUUACUCCUACAAGUGCGCUGAUCACACUCCCUUUCCACAAUAACAUUGUCUGUCCAGGAAAAAACUUUCUGGUUUUUAAGAUGAGCGUCCAAAAUAUAUUUAAAAACAAUCGGAACAACUGCACAGUUAGCAGUAUUGUUAGCAUAAAACAAAGAAACAAUAAUAACAAUAAUAGAUGUUAUUUGUAAAAAGCACUUUCAAUUGAGCGAACAACCACAAAUUGCUACAGUGUAUUAAAAAAAUAAAAUAAAUAAUAAUAAUAAAAUAUAAAAACUAGAACAGCCUAAAAGCUAGAACAGUGGUUCUUAACCUUGUUGGAGGUACCGAACUCCACAUGUUUCAUAUGCGAAUUCACCAAAUCCGAACCGUAAUCAUAAAAUAUUAUAUUAAAAAAAUAAUAAUAAAGGUAUAUUUUAGAAACUGAAAGUUACAGGAAUGCACACAUGACCCCAUGUUUACAUCUCAUUGUGCAACAUGUGAAUGUUUUAGUGGGAACUAAAUGCGAUAUCUGAAAGGGGUACACAUUAUUUCCAAAGCACGACCCCCCCACCCAGACAUAUAAUACUAGUACACAGCUCAUGAAAAACAAUAUGUUAUAGUUAUUUUAAGUGGGGCAAAACACUUAUACUACAAAAUAAUAUAAUGGAAAUGACUGCUGUCAUUGGAUUAUAAUAAUAAAACAUUGAAAUUGUUAUUUAGUUCACACAUAUGGAAAAUUAGAGGGAACAUUUUCGGGGGGGUAUCCAUAAUACGCCGACAGGAAGAAGUGUUUAUUUACACGAUGAGUCGGGUGUGUCUUGAGCUCCGCGGCGGAGGCUCUGCCGAACCCCUAGGGUUUGAUCGAACCCAGGUUAAGAACCACUGAGCUCGAACUAGUAUGCAUAUAUCUAUAAAAAAAAAGGCUUUUUUAAAAAGAAGGGUUUUUAAGCUUAUUUAAAAGCAUUCACAGUCUGUGGUGCCCUCAGGUGGUCAGGGAGAGCGGUCCACAGACUGGGAGCAGCGGAGCAGAAAGCCAGGUCUCCCUAAGUCCGUAGCUUUGUCCUUGGAGGUUGGGGGAGGUUAGCCCGUCUGGAGCGGAGGUGUCGUGUGGAGGGUUUCGGGGUGAGUAGUUCUUUAGGGUAGAAGGGGGGGGGGCAUUUCCAUGGAGGCACUGGUGAGUCAGCAGGGAGACUUUGUAUUCAAUCAAACGUAAACUAAUCGCACCCACGUUUUAAAAUGUUUUUAGUUAGUUUUUAGGCUUAAAAAAGAAAACGAUUGACAUUAGCGUGUUUAGCAUUUUUUUGGGGGACAAUUUGCUAUAAAAAUGUCCCGAGUGGCCGCUGGCUAACUGACUGAGCCGCGGUAAAUAUUGAGACGAUUCUCCCAGCUGUCGCCGUCAUUCACCGCGCUGAAACGCUCCUUUGUCCUCCUCACUGACAGCUUUUCUUCUUAUGUUUUUAUUUUUUUGGUGGCUUCUUCCUUUUAAGCUGCAUCUUGGUAAGAAUGGAAGGUUCUAGACUGUCCACCUGAUUCUUGUGUUGGUCUCCAAUGCUUGUUGAUGUUUUGCAGACCAGUGACUCAUAUUAAGUCGUCUUGUGGUCAGCAAGUGUUGAAAGCAUGUCCAGUGUCUGGACUUUUUCAUCUUCAUGCUAAUAAAAAUGAUGUAUCGCA